CUUGACUGUGAAAUAGUAAGUUCCGAAGGGAACUUAGCAGGAAAGCGUGCGCUGGGAACCAGUCCUAAAGGCAAACUACGACAAAAAUGUCUGGGUUUCGAGCAAAAUUUCCCUCCGGUUCGAUAGCCCUUAGCUCUUACAGAGACCAGUUCUACAAGGGAAGCCGGGCGGAGCAGGAGAAAGCCUUGCUGACCUCCUCCACAUUGUAUGUUGGAAACCUCUCAUAUUACACCACGGAGGAACAGAUUCAUGAACUCUUUGGCAAGUGCGGAGACAUUAAACGUAUCGUCAUGGGCCUCGACAAAGUGAAGAAAACACCCUGCGGAUUCUGCUUUAUGGAAUAUUAUACAAGAGAAGAUGCAGAGAAUGCAAUGAGGUAUGUAAAUGGAACACGACUGGAUGACCGCAUCAUUCGGACAGACUGGGACCAUGGUUUUAAGGAGGGACGUCAGUAUGGACGAGGAAAAAGUGGGGGACAGGUGCGAGAUGAAUACAGAACAGAUUAUGAUGAAGGAAGGGGAGGCUAUGGAAAGAUUGUUGCUACUAAAAUUAACCAAUCUCGUGACCCCAUGUGAAUGGAAUACUAAAAUAAACCAAUCUCGUGACCCCAUGUGAAUGGAAUACUAAAAUAAACCAAUCUCGUGACCCCAUGUGAAUGGAAUAUUUGCCAAUGAAUGUUUGGUCUUAUUCGUAUGGAAAAAUAGCCAGUGAAAGAUUGUCAUUUUCUGUGAAGAAGAUCUAAUGUUUAGUGUGAAUGACGAUGUGUGGAUGAUCAGUGCAUUGGAAAUUUUCUGUUUUGCUGUUCAUAUGUGAAACAAUGUACAUUUAUUUUUAGUGACCAUUCGCUGUCUGCAUUCAGGGUUUCUCUGGUAUACCGGGUGUAUCUAAAUAUACUGAUACAAAGACAUGCACCGAGUUAACGGACGACUGAUACAAAUGUUUGUGUAAUUAAAUCGAACACUGUUAAUUGAUAAAGAUUCUUAUGUACAUGU